CUAACUUCACAGAGGUGUGUUUUAAAGCAUCUGUCACAAUCUGUCAGUAGAAAGGAGUGGAAUAGACAAUUAUUUCUUUCGAUUGUAUGCUUAUAUAGAACGCAAAAUUAGCAACGAAGAUUUAAUAAAUAAAAAGUGAUACCAAAUUAUAGAAUGCAAGAAGUAUACUAAACCGAAAACAACAUUAAGGUUAUGUCAUGAAAGUAUUGAACUCAGUUAUAUUGCAAUAUGAGUUCACAGUCAGGAUGCAACAAAUCUAAAUGCGAAUACCGAUACGACAAAAAAAGAAGAAAAAAUAAAUAUAUUGAGUCAAUGUCGUCAUCAAGAACACAUUUUAAUAAGAAAAGUACAAUAGAGACUAAAACAAAUUUUGAUAAUCAAAAUAUAUUAGAUACUAAAAUCAGACGCUCCUCUGAAGAAAUACAUAACAAACCCAACAGAGAUUACGAAGAUUUUUAUUUUAGUAAAUAUAAAUAUGAGUUUAAUAAAAUAUUUUCAGGAAAUUUAAAUGUAGUACAAGAUAUCGAAGAUUUCUGGAAAUUUGUUAAUAAAUUUGAAGUUGUACAAAAACAGCACCACAUGCCUGAUACAUCGCUUGAUUUUACUCUAAAUAAAAUUGGUGUACCAGAAACAUAUCACAAAUUACAUUGCAUUAAUUUUAAACUAAGUUUUAGUUUCAAUGUAUUAUUUGCACGUAUUCCACCGACUGAAGCUUUAACAAACAAGCAGUUAUUGAAAUUUCAGAAUAUACUUAUUUUAUACUCAGACUUCAAGCAAAAGGAGAAAUUUACUAAGUUAAAGAAGCUUAGAGAAUCUCAAGCAAACUUACCAGUUAGUCAAUAUAAAAACGAGAUAAUUGAAUCAGUAAAAAGUGAGCGGGUAGUCAUUAUAGCUGGUGAUACUGGUUGUGGGAAAUCCACCCAAGUGCCCCAAUUCUUAUAUGCAGCUAAUUUUCAAAAAAUUGCGUGCACCCAACCCAGAAGAAUAGCAUGUAUAUCUUUAGCUAAACGUGUUGCUUUUGAAACAUUAACAGAGAAUCGUAAUGAUGUUGGUUACCAAAUUCGUUUUGAAAAACAAAGAAAUCAAGACACUAGAAUUACCUUUAUAACAGAGGGUCUUCUGUUAAGACAGUUAUCAGGUGAAUCUGAAUCAUUGCCUUAUGACAUGGUUGUGUUAGAUGAAGUACAUGAACGUCAUUUACAUGGAGAUUUUCUCCUUGGCAUUAUGAAGUGUGUUAUUAACCAAGGAAAUGAUUUAAAACUAGUUCUUAUGUCUGCCACUAUUAAUAUUGAACUUUUCAGUAAUUACUUUGCGAAAGAAAAUGUUAAAGUAAUACAAGUUCCUGGGAGGAUGUACCCUAUUCAGUUAUUAUAUAGACCUAUUCCCAUAGAAGACAUUCGAUAUAAAAAUGAUCGGUUUAAUCCAAGUCCUUACGUACAAAUAAUGCAACUAAUUGACCAAAAAUAUUCAGCUGAUGAAAAAGGUGACUUAUUAAUAUUUUUAAGUGGGAUGAGUGAAAUUACUGCAGUUGUAGAUGCAGCGAAAGAAUAUAGUCAGAAAAAAAAUAACUGGAUCAUUUUACCACUUCAUAGCACUCUAUCUAUUAGUGAACAAGACAAAGUAUUUGAUUAUGCUCCUGAUGGUGUGAGAAAAUGUAUUGUAUCAACUAAUAUCGCAGAAACUUCUAUUACCAUAGAUGGAAUCAGAUUUGUUACUGACAGUGGAAAAGUAAAAGAAAUGAGCUAUGAUCCAUCAUGCAAAAUGCAACGACUCAAAGAAUUCUGGAUUAGCAAAGCAAGCGCAGAGCAACGAAAGGGACGAGCUGGUAGAACAGGACCUGGUGUGUGCUAUAGGCUAUACUCAGAAGAAGAAUUCAUGUCUUUGGAAAAGUAUUCAACACCAGAACUACAACGUGUGCCUUUAGAUUCGUUACUUUUACAAAUGAUAGCAAUGGGACUUCCAGAUACAAGGAAAUUUCCAUUCAUAGAACCACCACCAGCUGAAAGUAUAGAAAAUUCGAUAUUAUCAUUAAAAGAACAUGGUGCACUUACAGACAAUGAAAAAAUAACAUGUAUUGGAAAAACACUUGCACGUCUACCUGUUGAUAUAACAAUAGGGAAAAUGUUAAUAAUGGGUUCAAUUUUCCACCAAGUGGAACCGGUUUUAUCAUUAGCUGCUGCUUUAAGCAUACAAACACCAUUUACAAACAGAGCAUAUAGAGAUUCAGAGUGUGAAACUUCUAGGAAAAAAUUGGAAUCUGAUCACGGCGAUCCGAUAACAUUACUAAAUGCGUUUAGAGAAUGGUUAGAAGUGAAACAACAAAGUUCUCAAGAAUCUAGAGGCGGCGGAAGUAACAGUAGAAAAUGGUGUAAAAGAAGAGGCCUCGAAGAACAAAGAUUUUAUGAAAUGACAAAAUUACGGACGCAAUUCAAGGAAUUACUUCAGGACUGCAAUUUAUUAAAAAGUUUGUCUGAAGCAAAUUCUUCUAUGUCUAGUGCAGAACGUGCCAUAAGGCACGGAGAAUUGAAACUCUUGAAAUCUUUAAAAAGAACUUAUAAACAAAGUGCACCUAAAAAGCGAAAGCGAUUAAAACUGGAAUCAUUUAAUAUACACUUAGAAGAUGAUGAUCACGAUGAUGAUGAAAUUGACAUAAAAGACAUUGAAUUUCGAAUGAAAAACGAUCCAAGUCAAGUUCAGAAUUUAUUAACAGCAGCCACUGCAUAUAGUUACAAAGACUUAACGAUGUUAAAAAUAAUAUUAUGUAGCGGUUUAUAUCCACAAUUCGCAUGCGCAGAUGAAUUUAACUAUUGUAAGUCAGUAAAUGAGCAACUAUUUCAUACAAAAGCAAAACCAUAUAUAGCGUUACAUCCAAUGAGUUUCUUUGGAAACCACCCGCAAGUAUUACAAUUGGAAGAGACUGAUAUUAUAUCAAUUCCAGGAUUCAAAAGUAAAACUCCUGUCAGCUCGAAACAUACAAUAUUAGCAUAUUUAUCCCUUUUAGAAACAACAAAACCUUACUUGGUAAAUACACUCAGAAUGCCUGCUGCACAGACAUUACUUUUAUUUGCAAAUGAAAUUGACACAAAUAGUACUUUUUCAAUUAUAGUAUGUGAUUCAUGGCUAGCAUUAGAAUGUCCUGUACCUGACAGUGGUCGAACUUUAUUAAUGAAAGCUACUAAAUUACGGAAUAAAUGGGACUUUUUGUUAAAUCAACGAUUAUCAGACUCGAAUAUUAAUAAUGAAGUGAAGCAAGAUUUUAAUGAAGUUGAAUAUACACUUACUCAAGAGCUAAUCGAGUAUAUGCACACAACAGUUCCAUAUACAAUAAAACGACUAUUACCAGCUGAUCUUAAAAUAAUGUAUGUAAGAAGUAAAGAAAACGUUAUAUCAAUAAAUUCGAAUCCUUUUCAAUCUGAUUUCGCGGUGAUUCCCAAUUUAAUAAAAGGAGGAAUCCGGGUAUCAAACGCAAUUACGUAUAACUGUUUGAAAGAAACAGAAUGGAGCGAUAAACUUUCUAUGGAAAUGUCAGAAACCGAAUGGCAUUGUCAAAAUUGUAAUAUGCAAGCAGUUCUCACUAGCAUCGAAAAAUUACAACAUCAAGAAUCUUGUACACAGGAACAUACAAAGGAUACCGAAGAAACUCAUGAAAGUAAAAAACGCAAACCCAAUACACAAGCAUACGAAUGUUCGAAUUGUUCACAGACUUUGUACCUCACACCAAUUGAAAUACUUAAACAUAAGAAGUCACAUAUUAAAUAA